AUGGAGGAGACAGCACUGACAAAAGAUCAGGUCACUGAGUUCAAAGAGGCAUUUUGUCUCUUCGACAAAGACGGCGACGGUUGUAUAACGGUGGAAGAACUUGCAACAGUGAUCCGUUCGUUGGAUCAGAAUCCGACAGAACAAGAACUUCAAGAUAUCAUCACUGAGUUCGACUCUGAUGGCAAUGGCACCAUUGAAUUUGCUGAGUUUCUCAACCUCAUGGCCAAGAAACUUCAGGAAAGUGAUGCAGAGGACGAGUUGAAAGAAGUAUUCAAAGUCUUUGACAAAGACCAAAAUGGUUUCAUUUCUGCCAGUGAGUUGAGCCAUGUAAUGAUAAAUCUAGGGGAAAAGCUAACAGAUGAAGAAGUUGAACAAAUGAUCAAGGAGGCAGAUUUGGAUGGUGAUGGCCAAGUGAAUUAUGAUGAAUUUGUCAAGAUGAUGGUCAACAUUGGCUAA